UGUUGGGGUGUGUCUAAGGAUGUCAGAGUGUGUCUGUGGGCUCUGCCUUUGUUCUGCUCUGUGCUGUAGCCUGGUCUGGUCCCCCCUUGCCUCCCCUCUCUUCCCUGUUUCCUCUGCCCUUAUGCCAUUCCCACUAUGCUGGGUUUGGAGGGGGAAUGCAAAUCCCGGGCUAGGAGCCACCUCUCCCCACCAAAAGUUCCACCCCUUCCCCUCUCCAUUAUCUCUGAUGGUCCUCAUCCAUGUCAGCCACCGUCACACCCAAGAAUAUGUUUUUCUACGACUUCAUGAAGCCCUGGCUGGGGGAUGGGCUUCUGCUAAGUGCUGGUGACAAGUGGAGCCACCACCGCCACUUGCUGACACCCGCUUUCCACUUUGAAAUAUUGAAGCCAUAUACGAAGAUUUUCAACAAGAGUGCAGACAUCAUGCAUGCCAAGUGGCAGCACCUGGCUUCAGAGGGCAGUGCCCGUCUGGACAUAUUUGAACACAUCAGUCUCAUGACCCUGGACAGUUUGCAGAAAUGCAUCUUCAGUUUUGACAGCAAUUGCCAGGCGUGAGUCUCUGCCCAGAGCCUAGGAACA